AUGCGCUUGGACGUCGCCGAAUUUGUUUGCCGCAGGAUGGGAGCUGCAAUUGCCUUACAAGCAGCUAUAUGCGGCGGGAAGAUGCAGUCUCAGUGGGAGAUCCGAUUCAGCAACUCGCGCCGUCUGCCCUACUUCUACGACCCUGUGUCGCAGCAGUCCACAUGGGAGAUCCCACAGGGCCACACGGAAGAGUCGGUGCGCUCGUUGCCUGGUGCCAAAUACCUCGACCCUGCCAACGCGCCAGGCGGAGCUGCUGACAAGCCAGACAAGGUUCGCGCCAGCCACUUGCUCAUCAAGCAUGCUGGCAGCCGCAGACCCAGCUCUUGGAAGGAGAACAACAUCACACGCUCAAAGCAGGAUGCUAUCGAGCAGCUCAAGAAAUUCGAGCAGGAGCUCCACCAGGAUUCGAGCAAAGACAAAUUUGCCUCGCUCGCCAGCGUGCACUCCGACUGCUCAUCCGCAAGAGCAGGCGGCGAUCUCGGAUUCUUCCAGCGUGGUCAGAUGCAAAAGCCUUUCGAGGAUGCCGCUUUCGGUCUCAAGGUGGGCGAGCUCAGCAGCAUCGUCGACACCGACAGUGGUGUCCAUCUCAUCUACCGAACUGCCUAA